AUGGUGAAACAACGAGCCUGUUCAGGAUCACCAUCUAGGGAUGAACGGCGGAGCAAUGUAGCUCUCUCGAGCUCUGGCGGUCACCAAAACCUGUCCAACACUCCGAGUGACUCCGACAUUUUUCACGGAUCGUCCUCGAUAGCGACCCACGCGCCCGAGCUACGUCCAGUUCUCAAAGUGGACCUUUUCCAAGGUACAAAAUCAGUUGACCUACCUUCUGCUUCAAGAAGAACCAACCUUGCAUCACAAAUUCUCACGGAACAGUACUGUCCGAUUGUAGAAGGUCUUAAAGUACAAAAAACGCAAAUUUUUCUUGGCGCUGCUAAGCGAUGGAUAACUUUCCCUGAAGACAAAUCUAUCGUAUUUCCGGCGGAAACCUUUUUACCAAAAGUACAAAUGGCAUAUACUGAUGAUUCAAAGAUUCCACUGCGUAAUAUCGAAAGGGAAAGAAGACGAAAAAUAUAUCAAAAUCUUAAGAUAGAAGAUGUUUUAAAAGACGAGAAUAUCAAGUCAUGUGACAUGUUACCUUUUGAGAAAAUUUGGCCAUUACUUUCCGACAAAGAGAAGUAUGAUUUAUAUUCUAAGACAAGUUACUUACCAUUGGAAUUGUUUGAUGAUGAAGAAUAUGAUUGUAGAACGACAGAAGAAUGGAUAAAUUUGGGUAUCAUUAAUGGUAUUCGUUAUCCGUUACCAGCCAGAGUGUUUGUCGAAAAGAUUAUAGAUAAGAAAUGGAUUAAUCACUAUAAUACACUCAAUAAUUCGUUCGAUUGGUUUCAUGCCGCCGUUAUGGAUUACAAUAACGAACAGAAAUUGUGGACUGUCCUCACUCUAGACGGUUUUAAGCGAAAAUUCCUUCUGCCUAGAAUAUAUAUUCAAUUUUUUGCAGAAGAUCCUAAAAAAUUUGCCAAGAGAGUGGCUGGUGCUAUUAAACAAAAACAAAUUGCGAAGACUAGUAUCAGGUAUUACUUUUAUUUGGACUGCAUGCUAAUAGAAGAUAUGCCAACACUGGAUGAAAAACAACAGGAAGUUAUAGUUUUGUUAACCACGCGAAAAAGUUUUGCGAAAUCUGAAUCCAAACAUCUUUCCAACUUGAUGGCUGAAGCUGUUUUGGAAUAUCGUCGCGUCAUGUGUGAUCUUAUGUGGAGAUCCCUUAUAUGGGAACAGCCGGAAAUGUUUAAUUUCAUUUCGUGGAAUGAAAUUAAUGACAUUUAUGAACUUAAAAUACCAGAAAUGGGAAAGUUUUGCACUGAAAUGGAAGACUUUACGAAAACAAAAAAUUUUUUCUGCUGGACAGUUUUGUACGUUUUGCCGGAAAUAUACGAAGCUAUGAGUUGUGUAACCGUCGAAUGCAGUAACAUAUUGAAUAUGAAUCUCUUUGUCUCGAAUUAUGGAAAGUCUAUGUACUUGUUAGAGUUCGAGUCGCAGCAGCAGCAAGAGACUGGUACAGUGAUAAAGUAUCUGAAAGAAACAUGGUUGGAAAGGAUUAUACAGUCGGUUAGACGAUGUUUCAGAGAUAUCGAACAAGAAUGGUUCGAUCUUGAGCAAAAGAACCAUGAUGAAUCCAAUAUAAUAAAAUUGAAACGAUUUGUGUCUCUUAUUACAUAUCGAAUGCAGGAUGCGCUUCGGGAUCUUGUGAAGAAAUCGAUGGCCUUAUACUUAGAAAUAUUGGAAACUCCAGCUCUUUGUACAUUAAAUGUGGAUGAAAAUUUUGUGUGGGGUGAUGAUCUGAUAAACACACACUUUAAAUCUCCAGUGAAUCCUAUCUUUAUUAUUGAUAUUGCUAUGAAUGACAAAACUGCUUAUUAUUUAACGGAUCUUGAAUCAUUUGAAAUUAUUAUAGCUAUAUUAGACAAUUCUUUGAGGCAGUGCCAAAAAAUUGGAAAAGUUGAUCCUUUCUUAUUACCUUUCCUGACAUUUACCGAAGAUCUGUAUCUCAGCUCGGUCGACUUACUAGAGGAACAGGUUUGUGAAGUUCGAGAACGCCUGAGGACUGUUUAUCAGAAGUCUACAAUAUCUCUAAAGGCAUACGUGAAGGAAUAUCAGCAAUAUUUAGAAUUUUACAAACUGGAUGUCGAAAAAUAUGUGGAGAAUUUCAAAAAAGCAGACCACACUAUUGCGGAGAUCAGAGAUGAAGUAUCCUUCCACUUUAAGAUGAAAUCGAUCCUCGAGCUCACACUUCCAAAAGAUAUUGUCAUAGGACCUUUCUACGUGAAUGUCCGUCCUCUCAGGAACUUUCUUAUACAGAAACGACAGAACUGUUACACACAGUUACUUAUUAUGUUUACCGAGAGCUUAAGAACAAAGAUCAAUGUCGUUCUAUCUGAUUACGUGCAGAUUAGAACGAGGCUAAAGAUGGCAUCACGCAAUAUUGAACAUUUGUUCGAAGAACAGGAUUGGAUAGAAACUGUACCAGUGAGAGUGAAAAAACUGGACGAAAUUGUACAAAAAUUGAAAUUUCAAUACGAUAUUCUUGAUUACUUCUGGUGGAAUCUAUCCGAUAAAGACUUUGAAAUCAAAUGGCAAGCUAUCGGUUUUCCGCGACAAGUGCAGCUAUCAAAGAAUCGCUUUGUCAGUGAAUAUGAAAAAUUUCAUAAAGUACAAGUACAAGAAGAAAUUCUUUUAUCAGAGAGGAUUGACACACUCAUGGGAACCAUUGUAAAUGUGAUACUACAAACAGAUAUUAAGAAAAUACAUGACAUAGCUGCAGAUGUAAAAAGGAUUUCGAAAAUAAUGAAAGAAUGUCAAGAAUUUGGUUUAUUGUUGAAUGAACGGCAAAAAUUAUUUGGCAUGGAUGUUGUGCCGUAUGAACAAUUAAAUACAUUAAUAAAGGAAUUCGAACCUUACCAAAUCUUAUGGAUUACUGGAUCUGAUUGGUUAAACUGGCAGGAAAUAUGGAUGGAAAAUCCUCUGGUAAGUUUCGAUGCGAAUCAAAUCGAAAAUAUGACUGCCGAUAUGUACAAAGCAAUAUCGCGUUGCGUAAAAGAAUUUCAAGAAAAUUCAAAGAUGAUGGCUAUAGCAGUCACUAUAAUGGAUCAAAUCGAAGCAUUUAAACCAUACAUCAGCGUGAUACAAGCUUUGCGAUAUCCAGGAAUGAAAAAUCGGCACUUUGAAGAACUUAAUAAAAAAAUUGGCAUACAAAUGGAACUCAUGCCAACUUUAUCUUUUAAGAAUUUACUUGGUCUUAAUAUAAUGAAACACAAGGAAACUGUGAAGACUAUCGCAGACACAGCAGCAAAAGAAUUUUUAAUAGAAAGUACACUGGAUAAAAUGAUAACCGAUUGGAAAACAAUUACAAUGGAUGUUCUUCCUUAUAAAGAUAAAUAUAUUAUGAAGAUUUCCGAUGAGAUUAUUACUUUAUUGGACGAUGAUUUACUUAAAAUUAAACAUCUUAGUUUUAAUCCUUUUAAAGCUGUUUUCGAGAAUCAAAUUGAUGAGUGGGAAGCUAAAUUGAGAUUAGUUCAGGAAGUGAUCGUUCUAUGGGUGGAAGUGCAAAAGCAAUGGAUGUAUUUAGAACUAAUAUUUGCAUCUGAAGAUAUUAAUCGACAGUUGCCUGUAGAAUCGCAUAAAUUUAAUACGGUGGAACACAACUUGGAGCGAAUUAUGAGAAACGCUCGUGAUUGCCCAUAUGUAAUUGAAACAUGUGCGGAUAAAAUCUUAUUAUCAACUUUGAAAGAAUGUCUCUUGAUCCUAGAAAUUAUUAAGAAAGAUUUGUCUGAUUAUUUGGAGACUAAACGAAUGAUUUUUCCACGCUUCUUCUUCCUAAGCAACGAUGAACUUCUGAAAAUAAUCGCUGAGUGCAAGCACAUUCAAGCGAUCCAACAAUAUUUAAAGAAGUGUUUUGAAAACAUGGAGGAAUUGAGAUUUGAGACUUCAGAUCUUAGGAUAACGAGGAUGUAUUCUGCCGAAUACGAAGAGGUUGUGCUACGACCAACGAUUUAUCCUGAAGGAAAUGUGGAGGAUUGGUUAGGACAAGUUGAAAAUGCAAUGCGCAAUACCCUGCGAGAGAUCAUCGGCGAGGCCCUCGAAAUAAUAGAAACGACACCGCGAAAGGAAUGGGUGUACAUGUGGCCGGGUCAAGUAGUUCUUUGCGGAGGUCAAAUACAUUGGACUGCCCACGUGGAGGAAAGUAUCACAAACAACACUCUGCCCGAUUAUUAUAAUUACAUGUUGCUACACCUAGAAGAAUUGCAAAAGUUAAUACGUGGUCCGCAAACUGAAGUACAAAGAUUAAUACUGGAAGCCGUAAUGACAAUUGAAAUUCACGCCAAGGAUGUUUUAUAUAAAUUGAUUCAAGAGAGAUUAAUCGAUAUCAACGAAUUUGAGUGGAUCUCUCAAUUACGAUAUUAUUGGGUUAAUAACAAGGAUUUGAAGAUUCGCGCGAUAAAUGCUGAAUUUCCAUACGAAUACGAAUAUUUAGGUAAUAAUGGAAGAUUGGUGAUUACACCAUUGACCGAUCGUUGCUACCUCACUCUUAUCAGUGCAUUACAUUUGAAAUUCGGUGGUGCAUUAACUGGCCCGGCAGGCACCGGUAAAACGGAAACUACAAAGGAUCUCGCAAAAGUAUUCGCAAUUCAAUGCGUAGUUUUCAAUUGUUCUGAUCAACUGAAUUUUCAAUCUAUGGGCAAAUUUUUUAAAGGACUUGCCAGCACCGGUGCGUGGGUGUGUUUCGAUGAAUUCAAUCGAAUCAAUGUCGAAGUUUUAUCCGUUGUAGCGCAACAAAUCAUGACCAUUCAAAAAGCACAGCAAACACGAACAAACAAAUUUCUCUUCGAAGAAGUUGAACUUACAUUGAAGCAAUCUUGCGCUGUAUUCAUUACUAUGAAUCCUGGUUAUGCGGGUCGAACGGAGUUACCUGACAACUUGAAAGUACUUUUCCGUCCGGUUGCUAUGAUGAUGCCAAAUUAUGCUCUCAUCGUUGAAAUAUCUCUAUUCUCGUAUGGCUUCGUGGAUGCCGCAAAUCUUGCCAGAAAAAUCACGACGAUUUUUAAGCUGAGCGCAGAACAACUAAGCUCACAAGAGCAUUACGACUUUGGUAUGUAUGCAGUAAAGACUGUUAUUGUGACUGCUGGUAAUUUGAAAAGAGAGCAGAAAGAUCUUGAAGAAGAUCAAAUUUGUCUACGCGCCUUGAAAAAUUUUAAUAUGCCCAAAUUUUUGAAAGACGAUUUGAAAUUAUUUAACAACAUUGUAUCAGAUCUCUUCCCAGAGCUAAUCGAGAAACCAAUAGAUUAUGGAAUCCUAGAGGCGGGCAUCCGCAGAUCUAUUAGACAAAUGGGUUUAGAAGACGUCGAUGACUUUGUGAGAAAGGUAGUGCAACUGUACGAGACUACUUUGAUGCGUAACGGAUUAAUCCUCGUGGGUUUAACCAGUUCGGGAAAGACUAAGUGUUACAAAGUUCUAAAGCACACAUGUACAAGUUUGAAAGGUCAAUUGCAACCAAAUGGCAAGCCGUUUACAACAGUUAUUACGUAUGCAUUGAAUCCGAAGGCUAUAACAAUGAGACAACUGUAUGGCGAGUACGAUCUCGAUACACAUGAAUGGACAGAUGGAAUAUUACCAACUUUAAUACGAACGGAUAUAGCAACGGCAGAUUGCGAUAAACGAUGGUAUAUUUUUGACGGACCAGUCGAUGCAGUAUGGAUCGAGAAUUUGAAUACUGUCCUGGACGAUAAUAAAAAGCUUUGUCUCACAUCGGGGGAAAUAAUGAAAUUAUUACCAACUCAAACCUUAAUGUUUGAAGUAUCAGAUCUUCGAGUAGCCUCACCGGCUACAGUUUCAAGAUGUGGUAUGGUAUAUAUGGAACCAGAAAAUGUAGGCUUGCAACCUUUGAUCGAUUGCUGGAUACGAUCAUUACCAAUGCUGGAAAAGUUGUUUCUGUAGGCGAUGAACGAUUACAUCGAAGAAAUAACUGAGUUAACAACUCAAUUGGUGCUUCCCGGUCUGAAAAUUGUACGCGAGAGUUUACGAGAGAUCGUAAGAACUGUAGAUUCCGCUGUUGUUCAAUCUUAUAUAAAUCUAAUGAACUUCAGAAUUAGACCGAUAGUCGAACGUGAAGAAAAAGCACCACCGACGGAUUUGCUGUCACCAUGGGCAGCUUUCGCCACUGUUUGGGGAUUAGGAGCAACUUGCGAUUACAAAAGCCGCUGUAUAUUUAAUGAUUGGUUAAGAAGAGUACAAAAGGAUGCCCAGCAUAAAAUACCAUUUCCAGAAGAAGGCCUCGUAUUUGAUUACAGGUUACACGAUGGAUUCACUGAUCCAAUCGAGGGUCAAGAGCCAAUUCCACCAAAGUGGUACAAGUGGUUGGACGGAGUUUUAUCUAUCACAGUAAAGCCAAAAAUAAAAUACAUGGACAUCAUAAUUCCAACUAUAGACAGCGUACGAAGCGCAGCAUUAAUCGAAUAUCUCCUCACUAACGAGACAAAUAUACUUUGCGUGGGUGCAACCGGAAGCGGCAAAACUCUGACGGUGUCAGCGAAACUGUCACGUAACAUGCCAAAGAAAUACAUUUGCGAUUUUAUGACGUUCUCGGCAAGUACUACGGCGCAUCAAACACAGGAUUUAAUUGACGCGAAAUUAGACAAGCGACGCACAGAUAUCUACGGGCCGCCUAUCCUGAAAAAGCAAGUUUUCUUCAUCGAUGACUUUAAUAUGUCGGCAUUAGAUACGUGUGGCGCUCAACCACCGAUUGAAUUAAUUCGCCAAUUCAUGGAUUUUAACGGGUGGUAUGACAAAAAGAAGAUCGGAUCCUUCAGGCUGAUCGAGGACGUGAAUUUCGUCGCAGCUAUGGGACCUCCCGGAGGUGGAAGAAACCCAAUAACUGCUAGACUUUUACGGCAUUUCCAUAUUAUUGCAUUUCCAGAGAUGCAGGACGAUGCGAAAUCGCAUAUCUUUAAAACAAUUCUUGACUCAUGGAUGUCAAGCAUACCAGAAUUUUAUGAUCUACUGGACGACAUAGUGGACUCCACUUUAAAAGUUUUCGCAGUUACACACAGCGAAAUGUUGCCAACUCCCAAUAAAUUACACUACACUUUUAAUCUUCGCGAUGUGAGCAAAGUGUUCCAAGGCAUUCUUAUGGCAAACGCAAAAAAAAUUUUAGUUCGCGAAAAGUUAUUAUUACUUUGGUAUCAUGAAAAUAUUCGAGUCUUCAGCGAUCGCUUUAUAAAUGACGAUGAUAAAAAAUGGUUUGACCAGCUCUUAUGCGAUGUAUUGAUGAAAAAAUUCCAUUGUAACGUGGACGAUAUUAUUGGAAAGAAACCAUUAUUUUAUAGCGAUUUUUGUAAUACAGUAGGAGACUAUGAAGAGAUAACAGACAUCGAAGAAAUAAGAAAUAUUCUACUUGAUUAUUUAGACAGUUAUAAUGAUUUAUCGACAUCACCGAUGCAAUUAACAUUUUUUGAAGAUGCAAUAAAUCAUAUUUGUAGAAUCACACGAAUACUUCGACAACCUGGAGGAAAUGCCUUACUGCUUGGAAUAAGUGGAUCGGGACGUCGAAGCUUGACAAAGCUUUCAUCGCAUAUCAAGGAAUACAAUUGUUACCAGAUUGGAAUCAGUAAAGCUUAUACAAUUCACGACUGGCGAGACGACAUCAAAAACAUAAUGCUAAAAGCAGGAUUACAAGAUCAACCUAUUGUCUUUUUGUUUUCUGACAUGCAUAUAACGAAUGACUCGAUGCUGGAGGAUUUAAACAACAUCUUAAAUAAUGGAGAUAUACCAAACAUAUAUCAAACUGAUGAAAUGGACAAAAUAUAUCAAGCAAUGCGAAUACCAGCACAAGAGGCUGGAUUACAAAUCAAUAGAAGUAACCUUUUCUCCAUUUAUCAGAAAGCAGUCAAAAGCAAUUUCCACACUGUCAUUACGAUGAGCCCAAUUGAAGAUACAUUUCGCGCUCGCAUCAGACAAUUCCCGGCACUAGUAAAUUGCUGUACUAUUGAUUGGUUUUGCUCCUGGCCGGAUGCCGCACUUCAGAGCAUAGCAACACAUUUUCUGUCGGAUAUCAAAAACAAGUUGAUCUCGGAUGAUAUUUUGCAGUCUAUCGUAAAAAUAUGCAAGUAUAUACACUGCAGUGUGAUCGACGCUAAUGAUCGCUUCUUAAAAGAACUGGACCGUCGUAAUUAUGUUACCCCAGCAUCAUAUUUGGAACUGCUAUCGAAUUAUGGUAAUCUUUUAAAAAAGAAAAAAGAUGAAUUAAAUUCUUCAAUGAUACGUUUAUCCACUGGACUAAAUAAAUUUGCGAACACAGAAACAGAAGUGAAAGACAUACAAGAGGUACUGAAACAAAUGAAGCUUGAGUUAGAGAAAGCGGCAGAAGCUACAGCAAGAAUUAUACAUGAGAUUACACAAGACACAAUUGAAGCAGAAAAGACUAAAAUAAUGGUUAUGCAACAAGAAGCAGCGAUAUCAAAAAUGAAGGAAGAGAAUAAAGAAAUCAAAGAUGAAGUGGAAGCAGAUUUAAGUGAAGUAAAGCCAAUGCUUGAAGCUGCUGAAACCAGUUUAAAGGCACUAAAUAAGAGGGACAUUAUGGACGUAAAGACAAUGAAAAAACCGCCAGUGGGAGUACUCUUAGUGAUCGAAGCAAUGUGUAUUAUAAAUAACGUGACACCAAACAAGCUUCCUGGGAAACUUCCCGGUGAAAUAAUAUUGGAUUAUUGGACUCCUGGAAUUGAAAUGCUAGCAGAUCCAGUUCAAUUUUUAUAUACAAUAGCACAUUUCGAAAAGGAAAAUAUCACGGAGGAAAUUAUUAAUAAAUUAGAAGAUUAUGUAGAACAUCCCAAUUUUCAACCAAAUAAAAUACUUCAAAUUUCGAGGGCUUGCCAUUUCUUAAGUUUGUGGAUCCGUGCUAUGUACUACUAUUAUUUCGUAAAUAAGAAAGUCGCACCCAAAAUGGCAGUCUUGGAAAAAGCAGAAAAAGUUCUCAUUGAAACCGAAACAGUACUGGCAGAUACCAUAACGAGACUUCGAGAGGUUCAGGAAGGGAUUGAAAAAUUACAAGAUCAAUUGAGAGAAAAGGAAGCAAAGAAAAUUGAACUAGAAAGAGAGAAACAGCUUUGCGAGGAACGAAUAGCACGAGCUGCAAGACUAAUUCUAAGUCUGUCGGAUGAACAAAAACGAUGGAUUAUUAUGGUAGAUAAUAUAAAAAUGUCUUUAAAGAAUGCUGUCGGUGAUAUUCUUCUAUCAUCAGGUGCAAUUGCAUACCUAACACCCUUCACGGACACUUAUCACCAAAAUCUCUUGGUAACUUGGUACGAUGCUCUUGGUGAAGAUAUUCCUCACACUCCCGGCUGCAAUCCGAUAUUAACACUUGGCAAUCAAAUGGAAAUAAGAAAUUGGCACAUGAAUGGUUUACCAAAGGAUACCCUAUUCAUUGAGAACGCGGUUCUUGUGAUGAAUUCCAAACGAUGGCCCUUCUUCAUUGAUCCUCAGGCACAAGCAAAUAAAUGGAUACGUAACAUGUGCAAACCGAUUGGACUUUCCAUUGCAAAAAUGACGGAUGAAGAUCUAUUGUGUACCAUUGAAAAUUGUGUGCAAUUCGGAAAACCGUGCUUGAUAGAAAACAUCAGUACUGAACUGGAAACUUUUCUGGAUCCUAUUCUCGCUCGUGCAUUGUUCAAUCAUGCCGAACAGCCAAGCAUCAAAAUUGGCGAAAAUAUAAUACCCUACAAUUUCGAUUUCCGUCUUUACUUGACUACGAGAUUAUCUAAUCCCCAUUACACACCAGAUACAGCGAGAAAAGUACUGAUAGUCAAUUUCACGCUGACUGCUGGUGGUCUUGCCGAUCAAAUGCUAUCUCUGGUUACUAUAAAGGAGCGUCCUGAUCUUGAACACGAAAGGAACGCGCUUAUCGUAUCAAGUGUUGAAAUGAAACAGGAUCUGAAGGAGAUCGAAGACAAAAUUCUUUACAAACUCACGGUAUCUAAAGGAUCAAUAAUUGAUGAUAUUGAUUUAAUUUGUACCUUGGAGACUUUAAAAACUAAGAGUGAGGAAAUCAAGAUGAAGAUGGAGACUAUUCAGCUUACACAAACAGACAUUGAUUUUACAAGAUCAUUAUAUAUGCCAGUAGCAAAUCGGGCACAAAUAUUAUUCUUUUGUAUCGCCGAUUUCCAACGUAUCGAUAUCAUGUAUCAAUACUCUCUAGAAUGGUUUGUCGUUAUAUUCAAUAGAAGCAUAUCAAAUACCAAAAUAAACGAUAAUAUUAACGAACGAAUUGCUAACAUCAACGAGAAUCUCACGUUUGCUUUCUUCACGAAUGUCUGUCGCAGCUUAUUCGAAAAACACAAAAUGCACUUUAGUUUUCUCGUCUGCGCACGUAUUCUUUUAGAUAAUGGUACAAUCGAUCCAAUGGAAUGGCGACACUUUCUUACAACAACCACACCUAUACGGAAGUUGCCAAAUCCCGCAUCAGAAUGGAUUACCGCACAAUGCUGGCAAGAAAUUCAAGCUUUAGAGCAACUUCCAAAAUUCGACAAAUUUAUUACAUCUUUCCAACUGUCGUUACCUCAAUUUAAAAACAUAUUCGAUACUCAGGAAGCACAUUUAGCACCGUUUCCUCAACCAUGGGAGACAAAACUCGACGAUUUUGAGAAGUUACUAGUACUCAAGUGCUUACGGCCUGACAAGAUCAUCAAUGCUAUACAAAUUUAUUUGACAAAAUAUCUGGGACAACAAUUUGUUGAACCUCAAACUACAGAAUUGUUAGCAAUUUAUGAGGAAUCGUCCAACACCACGCCAAUUGUCUUUAUUUUGUCGCCUGGUACUGAUCCGGCCGCAGAGUUGUAUAAGUUCGCCGAAAAAUUAAAAAUGGAUAGAAAAUUGUAUUCUAUAUCUCUUGGUCAAGGUCAAAAAUUCAAAGCACAAGCUAUGCUGAAAGAAUCAGCGGAAAUGGGAAAUUGGCUCUUUUUUCAAAAUUGCCAUUUGGCACCAAGCUGGAUGCCAAAACUUAAAUGUAUGAUCGAAACAUUAUCAUCAGAAAAAACUCAUCAUAACUUCCGAUUGUGGUUGACAUCUGCACCGUCGUCUGAUUUUCCAAUCAGUAUUCUUGAAAAUAGCAGCAAAAUGACAAUUGAAUCACCGCGAGGUGUAAAGGCCAACAUGUUACGUGCAUAUCUGACACAAGUCACGGAAAUACAAGAGUUUCUGCAAUCCGAUCACCUGAAAGCUCUGUCAUUCAAGCGGCUUAUAUUCUCACUUUGCAUGUUUCACUCAAUCCUGAUCGAGAGACGGAAAUUUGGUCCCCUCGGUUUCAAUAUAUGCUACGAUUUCACAAACGGCGAUUUAGCUAUAUGUUUGUCGCAAUUGCAUAUGUUCCUCAUGGAAUACAAUACUUUGCCGUUUAAGGUUCUUAUAUAUACUGCCGGGCAUAUCAAUUAUGGUGGGCGAAUAACAGAUGAUUGGGAUCGUCGAUGUGUCUUAACACUUCUCGAAGACUAUUACAAUGCUAAUGUCAUUUCUCAAGAUUAUCAGUUUGAUGAAAAAGGAUUUUAUCAUCAGUUACCGGCUGCAGCGACAUUCAAGGACUAUCUAGAGUACAUAAAAGAUUUCCCUUUAAACGACAAUCCGUCAUUGUUUGGCAUGCAUUUAAACGCCGAUAUAAGCUAUGCACAAGCAGAAGUACAUGCUUGCCUCACAACUUUAUUAAACAUACAGCCCAGAGAACUUGGCAUUGCAACCACAAAUGUCGAGGAGGUAACAACUCAAAUAACCAAGAAUAUGUUGGUCACAAUGCCCGAAUCCUUUGAUUUAAUCGCAAUGCAAGCAAGGUACCCUAUGUCGUACGAGGAAUCCUUUAAUACCGUGUUACUACAAGAAGCUAAGCGAUAUAACGAUUUACUCGAAAUCGUGCAAUCAACGUUGCAAGAUCUUUUAAAAGCUUUAAAAGGAUUGGUCGUCAUGUCAGAACAGCUAGAAAUGAUAGCUACUAGUCUUUUUAAUAAUAAAAUACCUGCAAAUUGGCAAAGCAAAAGUUAUCCUUCUCUAAAAUCUUUAGCCGGAUGGUUCGUCAAUUUAAGAGAAAGAAUUAAGUUUAUAAGCGAUUGGCGAGAUCAAGGUAUACCGCCUGCAUUUUGGCUGCCAGGAUUUUAUUUUCCUCAAGCCUUUUUAACUGGCACUUUACAAAAUUUUGCGCGUAAAUACGUAUUAUCCAUUGACACAAUCGAUUUUAGCUACAAGAUUUUAACUUCCAAACCAACACAGAGACCAUUGAAUGGCUGUGUCAUUUACGGACUUUUUUUAGAAGGUUGCCGGUGGGACGGAAACUAUCUCGUCGAGUCUCUUCCAAAGAAAUUAUUCACCGACAUGCCGCCAAUUCUUGUAUUACCAGAAGUUCAUCACGUAAUUCCGCCUCACAAAAUUUACGUAUGCCCUAUAUACAAAACUAUCCAGCGAUCUGGAACUUUAAGCACAACAGGACAUUCCUCGAACUUCAUUCUAGCGAUAGAAAUUCCAAUUGACAAACCGCAAUCACAUUGGAUAAAAAGAGGGGUGGCAUUAAUAUGUACUUUGGACUAUUAA